CAUAUAUAAAUAAAAUUUGAUUUUUGAACUUUGAUCGCUUUCAACUAUACAGACGCUUGCUACGUAAAGAGAAUAAUACAAGAGUAAACACACUGACGAGGUUAAGGUAUAUAAACUGCGACCAGAAGCGGUGGGACUGGUUGUAGUAUGCUUACAGAUUGUUGUUAACUUAUCGAUGUAUUUGAUUCAUCGAGUGGUGGAUUGGUGGGUUGGUGGACUUUUGUGGACUCGCCCCACUACCUGUUCACCUUUGUAUCUAAAGUGAGCGUAGAAAAAUCAAGUUUCUCGGAAAAAAAUAAUUCAGUUUUUGCUUUGUCUCGUGUAACAGGAAUAAUGGCACCAGCAUUAAGUAAAUUUGCAUCCAAGCCUACUCUGGCUGGUGUCUGUGCAUUAACCGCUUUAAUAUGGAUUCUGAAAAAAAGAGGCAAGAAACAGAUCGUAAAAUGCAGAAAUGUGUGGCCUGCCAAUGACAUUCAAUAUGUUAUUAAAGAGGAAAAACCAAAAAAUCCAAAAGCUUACGUAAAUGCAAGAUUUUUUCGACAACUACGUCAAUUACUUAAAAUAGGUAUACCUUCCAUUGUCUCUGCUGAAUUUGGAUUUGUUCUUCUUAUUGCUGUCUCGCUUAUCACAAGAUCUGCUUGCGAUCUUUGGAUGAUAAAUAUAGGCACUUUAAUCGAAUCGUCAAUUGUUAACAUGGAUGUACCUGUAUUCAAAGGAAGAUUACUAAAAUUCGUAACUCUACUACCUUUGAUAUCUGUUGUGAACAACGUACUGAAAUAUGGUAUAUUCGAAAUGAAGUUGAGGUUACGUACAAAUAUCACGCGAAAUUUAAUGGACCAAUAUCUCAAAGGGUUUACAUAUUACAAGAUGAGCAAUUUAGACAGUCGUAUAGCAAAUCCGGAUCAACUUUUAACUACCGAUGUUGAUAAAUUUUGUGAGAGUUGUACAGACCUCUACAGUAAUGUUGCAAAACCUUUAUUAGAUAUUGUUAUCUACGUUUAUAGGCUUACAACUAACCUUGGUGGCCAGACACCAGUAAUUAUGCUUUCCUAUCUUGUAUUUGCUGGCAUGGUAUUGACUCAUCUUCGUAAACCUAUCGGACAAAUGACAGUAAAAGAACAACGACUCGAAGGUGAAUAUCGUCACAUCAAUUCACGUUUAAUUACAAAUUCCGAGGAAAUUGCAUUUUAUCAAGGAAAUAACAGAGAAAAAUUGACUUUAUUAACUAGUUUUCAUAAACUCGUGACGCAUCUUCGGAAGUGUUUGGAAUUCAAAACGUUGAUAGGAAUAAUAGAUAAUUUUGUUGGCAAAUAUACGGCAACGAUAGUUGGUUUCUAUGCAGUCAGCAUACCAUUUUUCCAAAAAAAUCAUCCUGUUCUUUCGGGAACAGCUGAUCAUCGAUUUAAAAAUUAUUAUACCUAUGGUAGAAUGUUAGUGAAACUUGCAGAAGCUAUAGGCAGACUAGUUCUAGCUGGAAGAGAAUUGACCAAACUAGCAGGAUUUACCGCUAGAGUCACCGAAAUAAAGGAUGUUCUGGACGAUUUAAAUGCUGGAAAAUACGAGAGGACCAUGAUAUCCGAUUUUAAAGACGAACCGAUCGGAAAUCCUGGCGAAGGGAAGAUAGUUACCAAAGAUAAUGUUAUUCGAUUCGAUCGUGUACCUCUAAUAACUCCGAACGGAGAUAUUCUUAUCAGAGAACUAUCGUUUGAAGUAAAAUCUGGAAUGAAUGUAUUAGUAUGCGGACCAAAUGGUUGUGGAAAGAGUUCUCUCUUCAGAAUUCUUGGAGAAUUAUGGCCAGUUUGGAGUGGAACAGUUACGAAACCUCCUCGUGGAAAGCUCUUUUAUAUACCGCAACGUCCUUACAUGACGUUGGGUACUCUAAGAGAUCAGGUAAUUUAUCCACACACGAAGGAGGAAAUGAUGAGACGCGGGAAAAUGACGGACAACGACUUAAAAAAAUUAUUAGAUCUUGUACAGUUGAGCCAUCUAUUAGAAAGAGAAAAUUUCGCGAACAGCGAAGGACAAGGUUGGGAUGUUGUGGCUGACUGGAUGGAUGUUUUAUCCGGUGGUGAAAAGCAACGCAUAGCGAUGGCUCGACUUUUCUAUCACCAACCACAAUUUGCAAUUCUCGAUGAAUGUACGAGCGCUGUCAGCGUUGAUGUCGAAGAUUCUAUGUACUCGUAUUGCAGGCAAGCAAAUAUUACGCUGUUCACAGUUUCGCAUCGACGAUCACUUUGGAAACAUCACGAGUAUUACUUACAAAUGGAUGGAAGGGGAAACUAUGAAUUCAAGGCUAUUGAACCAGAUACCGAAGAAUUUGGGUCGUGAAUGUUUGUGUCCCUUGCAUCAAAAAGUACUUGCCAAAAUGCAAGGGACGUGUAUAUUACGUUUCAGUAAUUCAAAUAAUUUAACGUACAUUCGUAGUGUGCAACAUUAUACAAGUUGAGUUACCUAACUCAACCACCAUAAAUUAAUCGUAAUCCGAUAAUUAAAAUACAAAUAGUUUAAGGUGAUCGAGUCCGAUAACUUACCUUGUACAUGUAUUAUAUGCAUAUUCCUUGUUAAAUGUUGCACCGAUUUACUAAUAUUAUGUACAUGAUUGUAUAUUUUUAUAUCGAUGUUUUUUCUUAUAAAAUACGAAAAAUAACGAUAGCAACAUUAGUGUACAUUACAAUAGGCUUUAAUAUCGUUGGCCUAUUCUACGAAUACCUUCAAAUAUGUAUAUUGAUACAUAAUUUUUCCUGUACCGUCAAAAGGUGGGAGGUUGUAAUAACUAUUUUUUUGUUACGAAAGAUUAAUCUAUCGUACAUGUAACGUAUUUUUGAUACUUAUCGAUUUUUUAAGAUUUCAUAUCAUUUGUAUCAUCAGCAGAUGGUAAACACAUAGAUUACAAAAUUAAACUACAAAUAUACGUGCAUGUAAAUACACGUAUACAUGAAAGAAAUGAUAAUUUUUCAAAUAAUUUUCUAUUUUAAUAAUAUAAUUAUCGUUUGUUAUGUGUAGAUCACAUCGAAUAAGAAUUGCAGAGUGAUAUAUUGGAUUGCUGGACAAUAAGAACGUGUAAUAAAGUUUAUGAAUAUUAAAUAACUGAACUAGAUACCACAUUAA